AUGACAGCAAGAUAACAGGUUGUAAAUUAAACUUUAACUUCAUUCGGUGCAAAAAACCUCCAAAAAUAAGUCAUUUUCUGAAAAAACCUCUGAAGAAAGUACCUGCCAACUCGUCGUGCAAUCAUCGCAAACCAAAAAACGCAAAAAUCGAUCAAAUUUUCUUUUAAAAAAUCAAAGUAUUUACGAAAAGCAAUGAAGACUGAUACAAUUUUACGAACACUUUUCCUGAUGACGACCUUUUUAGUCGUCGUCUCGAAUGCCAGCAAAGACCACCGAGACAUAAAAUGUCAUGUUUGCAAAGCCACAAUUAACGAAAUGGACUUGGCAAUCUCGAAAGUUGACCCAACGAAGAAAGUUGAAGUCGGCAAUUUCCGCUUAGAUACUUCAGGGUCUUCGACUUCGCGCAAAAUUCCGUUGACAAAGAGCGAAAUGUACUUAACGGAGUUGAUGGAGACCAUUUGCGACAAGAUGGAUGACUAUGCGAGAGCUCGUUACAAGUCGAAUGGGAAAAUUACCGUGUUGAAGUUGGUUAGUGAGACAGGAGGCAUGAAUCCGGAAAUGUCGAAAGUUGAUUUUGUGCAAGAUGAGGAUUUGAAUAAGAGCUUAAAACAUCUCUGCCUUGAAAUUCUCGAAGAUUUCGAAGAACCCGUGGUGAAAAUGUACAUGUCAGAGCAAAUGCCAAAAGAUCCCGAAUACGAAUUGUGCAGCAAAACGGCUCAAUUGUGCGACGACAAGCCAUUAGAUGACGACGAUUACAAUUUUGAAGAGGAAAAAGACGAGCUUUGAACUCAGUUUCAUCGAAUUUUUGUUCCCAAAAGCGGCCUAUAUUAAAAUAAUUCAUAAUGUGAUAAGAUAAAAAAAAUACAAA